AGUCAAUGGACGGUGUUCGACUGUGGUUUAGCAUGUGACAAAGAAACAUUUGUUUUACUAGUCGCCGUUGAAUAUCAUUUAUUGAUUUAGAUUUGUCGUCUUAGGUACCGUAUCAUUUUUCUCAACAUAGCUAAAUUGUAUAAACAGUUCAUUAGAAUUUAAUAUGACAAGCCGAAAUACAAUUCUGGUAAAUUGCAAUGUAACAAUAACAUUGCAAUCAUUAAGGUAAUGUCAGUAACCAUCAAACAACUGCCAGUUGCUACAUCUCAUCUCUUGGCAAGUAGCCAAGUCAUAACAUCAUGUGUAAGUGUGGUAAAGGAACUUGUAGAGAACUCUCUUGAUGCAGAGGCUACAUCAAUAGACAUCAAGCUAGAAAACAGUGGAUUUGAUAGGAUUGAAGUUCGAGAUAAUGGCCUUGGGGUCAGUAAAGGAGAUGUACAGUUCAUGGGUCAACCUCACUUUACUUCCAAGAUUUCUUCCCACUUUGAUCUAGAUACCUUGAAGACGUACGGUUUCCGUGGAGAAGCUCUGGGAGCUUUGUGUAGUGUGGCAGAUGUAACUGUUGUCACAAAAACUGAAGAAGACAAACUUAGUUUUGUUUAUACACUUGACCACUGUGGAAGAAUUUUGUCUUCUAAACCAUCUCCACUAGGGCAAGGGACAACAGUAGCUGCAACCAAACUUUUUAAGAAUCUCCCUGUGCGGAAACAGUUUUAUGGCUCAGCAAAGCGAAAAAAGGAAGAAAUUAAAAAAGUUGAAGAUCUUCUCAUGGCUUUUUCUAUAAUGCAGCCAGGUGUCAGGUUUUCACUUUAUCACAAUCACAGCCUUAUCUGGCAGAAGAUUGCAGUGCCUGACUUCAGAUCUGCUUUGAUUCAGACUUUAGGAAAUUCUGUGUUCAACAUGAUGAUAUAUGUUAGUAAGAAAGAUGAAGAAACUAAGAUUUUUUUAGAAGGAUUCCUUCCGAAACCUGGUACAUCAAGCCAACAAGCAUGUAGAACAAAUCCUGAUCGCUGUUUUGUGGCUGUAAAUCGACGUCCUGUUCAUUUAAAAGAAAUUGAUAAGCUUAUUAGGCAGCACAUAUGCUCUUCUUUGGGUUUUGAAAAUUCCAAAUCACGAUGGCCAGUCUGUUUUCUCUCAAUAGAUGCACCACCUUCCAAGAUGGAUGUAAAUAUUGACCCAAAUAAGUCAACAGUUCUAUUUCAUUGUAAGGAGGUUGUAAGCAAACUUUUAACAUCACUGUUAGAAUCAACUUAUGGAAGUCUUGAGAAGCCAGAACAAAGGAACAGAGAUCUUAAAGCUACAAAAACAUUUGAUAGGUCACCCUCUUUCAUUGAAAAGGAUGAUAAUGGAGGUUUGAACCAGAAAACUUACAGCUCAGAAGUUAGUAGUAAACUUAAUUCAGAACUAGUCGAACAUAGUACUGAUAGACCAAGCAAGCCUGUUGUGUUUGAUCAUGUGAAAUGUAGAGAUAAAAACCAUAUGGAAUCAGCAAAUGAGAUACUUGAAGGAAGUAUAACCCAUACAUCUCUCCAUAAAUCUAUAUCUUCAUCAGAAAACCUGAAUGCUGAAGAUAGUGACUUGUUUUGCCCUGAUACAAGUUACAAUGUAGACGAGUCUGUUGUCAACUGUGUUGGUCUUCAAAACAAUGAAAGUGAACAUACUGGUUCAACUAAACCUAAUGAUGAAGAUCAUAUUUCUUUGCUUAAAGAAAUUCCAGAAUUUUUUGACAUCAGUGACCAAUCUGUUGCCAACUGUGCUAGUCUUCAAGACAAUGAAAGUGAACAUACUGGUUUAUGUAAGCCUAAUAAUGAAGGUCAGAUUUCUUUACUUAAAGAAAUUCCAGAAUUUUUUGACAGCAGUGGCUCAGAAAAUAUGUUAACAGAAAAUAUGCAUGAGUAUUCUGAUGAUCGAAGCAAUCCAUCAUCUAUUAAUAAAAACACCCUCAGUUGUGGCAGAUUUACUUAUCAUCAGUCCAGAGCACCAAACUGUGACAAACCAAAUGAGGAAGCAAACACCAGUACUGUGGAAGAUAAAAGUUAUAGAAGGGUCUCAUCAACACUUGAAGAUACAGUGGACAGUAGUUUGUCAUUGAGUAAGUCCCCUAAUCAAGAAAAAACAGGAGAAAGUCAUUUGUGGUCUGGUGGAUUCUUAAAAGACCAACAAGGGAAACUAAUACAGCCAGUAUCACUGCUGCAAGCUAAAACAAAACGGCUACUGACUUCACCAGAUGAAUCAUCUUUACCCUCUUCUCCUAACAAAAAAAAGAAACGAGUUGAGGAAAAACAAGGUCAACCUACAUUAUACGAUAUGCUUGGUAACCGACCAAUCAAACGACCUCAGUCUGCCUUUAAUCUAUUCUGUGCUGAAAAUCAAACAGAAGUAACUUUUCAAGACAAGUGCUCAAGUUCAGAAUCAUUCAAGGAAAUUCUCAAGCAAAAGUGGGAAAACCUUCCGGACAAACAAAAGAUGAAAUAUCAUAUAAUGGCUGAAAGAGAUGCUAAGAGGUAUAACAAGGAAGUUAUUCAUGCUGAGAAACAAAAUGCUCAAAGGAAGAAAGAUGUUAAGACGUCUAACAAAUCCAAACACUAUCCAGAUGAAGUGACUGUUGAAUUUGAUAUCAACAAACUCAAUGAAAAACUUAAACAUAAGCAGCAGAGUACUAUGAUAGACACAGAUUUGAUUUUGAUUGGUCAGUUGCCAUCAAGUGGAAUGUGGCUCUGCAUUCAAAAUAGCCAGGUGAUGAUAAUUAAUCACUUUCGCAUGCAAGAAGCCUUACUUUAUCAUCGACUGGUUGCCAGCCACUCUCUUGAAGUAGAGAAGUUACAGGAACCAAUCCUUUUAACACAAAAUAUCAUUGGUGAUGAAUGGUUGUGGCAACUAUUACUAAAGCUGAAACAGCUUGACAGUAUGUUGGACUCCUACAAAUUAAUUACAGAUGAUCGAUUAACUAAGAAUGGUUUCCAUAUUAGGACUUUUACUAGUUCAGGAGAAUUGCAGGCUGAAAUCACCCACUUGGCCACUUCUUUACCAUUUUAUGGCAUUACAGACUUGAAAGAGAUCCUUCAACUGAUAAACAAACAAUCAGAAAGUUCCUUUUCUCCCAGUCAAUGUCGUCCACAACAAGUUCUUCAUUUCUUUCAAGGAGAAGCUGUUAGAAUUGCCAGAAAAUCCCUUCCCAAGCUGUGUAAAAACGAACUGGAAGAUUUAAUUCAGCAUUGUAAUAAUCAGCUUCCUCAGGGGUGCUCGAACUGUUUACAUAAUAAGCCAUUUUACCAUAUUUUAUAUAAUUUAAAAGAACUUCCACUAAGUCAGUCCCAGAGUGGAUAAACCUUAAUGUACAAUGUGUUUAUCAACUCCUGUGACAUAACACAUAUGAAAAAAGUUUUAAUCUUAGCACUUUCUAAAUGCUGUUUAAAACAAAUUUUAUUUUUAAACUUAAUGAGCAAUUAUUAUAUGCACAAAAUGUGAGAUUAACCAAAUAUAAUAACUCACCUAAAAAUAAAAUCUUUAAGUCUAAAUGUAUAUAGUUUUGACCUUUAAUUGUUUUUAAUCACAGAAUUAUAAACACACAAACUGCAGCCUUUACUCUUCCUAUUGUACAUAACUAGUUUGGCAUAUUAAUGUACACAUGAAAACACUGAACCAGCAUUUAGAACAACUUUUUGCAUAAAGCUUUGUUCUUUAUUAUUUUGAAGAAGGGAAAUGGAAACAUUUGUAUCUGAUAAACAAAUAAUAACCUGGACUAUAACAACCUGGGCUCUAAGGUUAUUUUUUUAGGUAUACUUUGUCUGUAGUAAAGUGACAGUAUUUUAAUUAUUACAUUAUAUCUCAUAGAUCAAAAUCCAGUAAUAAAAUCAAACACCACAGUUGGUUUUACUUCAGAAGUGUCAAUAUACACAGGAUGUGAAGUUUGAAGAUAAAAGAAAUGAGUUUUAUCUAUUAAUCACUUGUCACUUUUACAAAAAAGCUUAAAACAACCUUCACAACCUUUUUCUUUGUAUAAAGUGUAUUAAAUAUUGAUUGCUAUACAACUCUUAAAAGAAAACUACCCAUAGCUCAACAAUUUUUUUUUUACCAAAACUGCAAAUGAAUUAUCACAUUUUUUUACAAAGAUACCCACUAUUCUAACCUGUUAAAUAGUUACUGUUUCUGAUUAAAUCUUGUCCAUAAAAUUCUUUAUUACUUAUACUGUAGUAAAAAUCUAUCAAAUACAAGUUGUCGGACUUCUACAGAUUGACCACACUUUUAAAUGCAAAAAUAAUAAUAGUUUACACGUACCCUCUCGCAUUUUGACUUGUCAGAAACAACUGUAAAGCAA